AGAAAAUUGUGAGAUAUACUUUCGAAGAAGAUAUCUAUAUAUAUAUAUAUAAAAAAACACGGAUUAUUGGUAUCUUGAAAUUUAUAAAUAGUAGAAUUGAAGAUGCGUAUCGGAUCUUUGAGUCAACAAUUAAAUCAGGAACGAGAAACUUAUUCGUGUUGCAAGGCUUCCCUUUAUGAACAUCAACGUGAGGAGCGUCGCUUUCUUCGGGCACCUUUUCCUCUUCCACCUCUUUCUACUCUUCUUCCUUCUCCUCCACCACCUUCUCUUAUACAGUUUCGUCCUCGUGUUACCAUCGGUGGCCUCAUCGUCUUCCUGCUACCAUCAUAAUGACCAUCCUCUUCAGUCGACGCGUGACCUUCUCGCGGACCGUAGAGAGAGAGUUUCCGUGAACUGCGAGUGUUUGAUCCUUAAAGGCGAGCGUCGCAUCUUUCCAGAGCGGCCAGCUCUCGCUUUUGCGUUAAAGGAGGAAGAGGGACAAGUCCCUCGAGAUCGCGAUCGAUCAUCCAUCGAGUUCCUUUUUAUUCUUUUUCUCUUUCUCUUUCUCUCUCAAUCUCUCUCUCUCUUUCUCUUUUUCUCUCUUUCUCUCUCUCUCUCUCUCUCUCUCUCUCUCUCUCUCUUUUUUUCUCUUUUUAUUUCGCGUAAUAUAUUGAAGAAAAUCGGCCAACUUAGGACGAGAAUCAAGCACGUGUUAGCUCGUUCACUUAUGAAUCAUUGGAAGGAACGUGAAUAAUUGACCAAUUCAUUCUCGUUGGUGAUCUAACAGCGUUCAUCUACCUUCGUUCUUUGAUUUAUCAGAUAUCUACGAAAAAGAUGCAUGCCAUCCUGUUGAUAUUAUUAAUCACACUAGCUAGUGCUAGUAAAGUGGUUAACGAAUAUCUGAUGGGUGGUCAUCUGGACAACAAUGAUCCGAAAAUGAAAACUCAGACGGCCGAGCGCGAGUAUGCAUCUUUGGGAAGAUCGACUUUACUGGACGCCCUUGACCUUGAUCUCGAUGCCGAAGAAAGCACUGUCGGUUCUUUCUCUCUGGCCAAGGACGAUGAAGGUCCACGAUAUGGGCCACCAUUUUCCUUCGCUUUCAACGGUGGGAGACCUUUUUCUUUAGAAAAAGAUCCCAUUACCGGAAAAAUUGAUUACGAGAAAGCACCAGCGGUGAAAAUCUUAAAUUACACUGAUCGUUACGAGGAAUAUGAUGAUAAUGACAAGGAUAAGGAAACAAGCGAAAUGUCACCGGAAGAAGAUGCUGAUUUGCACGCGAAGAAAAAGAAAAUCGAGAAUAAGGAUCCCGACGACGUUAGUCCGAACGAGAUAAAUCCGAAUUCACCGAGUUUUCAUGACUUUCUCAAUCUUCCCGUUCGUUAUUCCUCUGAUAAGUAUAACAAAGAUAAGUAUCCAUUGAUUUCGAGUUCGUAUGCGAACACGAAGGUUCAAAGUGGCUCGAAUAGCUAUAGCACAUACAAUCACAGGCCUUAUCAUCGAGAAACUACUUUAUAUUAUCCUAUUAGAAAAACAUAUAUCCCAAAAACAAGUACUACAACGACGACGAUGACUAGUACUACUACUGUUACCACAACCAUGAAACCAACUACGUUACGUCCAUCGACGAUGUCUACGACUGUACCAACAACUACUACAACAAUUACGACUACUAUGCCUUCGACUACAACGUCUACUACAACUAAAGCACCACCCGUUACCACUUGGAAACCAUCUAGCACAAGUACUGUACGAUAUACAAUAAAUAACAGUAAUGAUUAUGAAGAUAUUCUUUCUUCAUUCAACAUUCCAAUAAAGAAAUUUCAAGAAACAAUAAGCUCCGACCAUCAAAAUCCAAAUAAUCUUGCAGUACCUCCUCACAGAAAACCAGUAGUACAAUUACCUUCGAAAAAAGAAGAGUACGAUAUGUAUGAGGAUUAUGACAUACACGAUGAAUCAAACGAAGAGCAGGAUUAUUCUUUCGAUAAGGAAGUACCUAAAGAACCAAUAAGUUCAAGUACAAUAUCAGCUCCACCGAAUUUUAUAGUUUCGAGUACAACUUCAUCAUCUACUCAAUCAAGCGUUACUACACCUGAAAGUACAACGAUGAGAUCGACCACAUUGUUUUCCACUUCAGCUCCAUCAUCACCAUCGAGCAACAUCAUAUCUACCCAUCCACUACAAUUCCAGAUUGUCCCACAUCCAGUUACUUCGAUGUCUAUCGAUUCUGAUGAUCGAGAACUUCCAACCUUCGAGAAUGUCGUCGAUAAUCGAAGACCUGGUAUUUCGGAUGGGAUGAUUUCCAAUGUGGGAGAACAUCAGGUUAUUCAUCAACGACCACUUGGGAUGGGUGGUGGACAAAUUCUAGUAGGAAGUACGAGUAACAUUGUUGUUCCACCGGAUCAGGAUACGGUGUCUUUCGUACUUGGAAAUAGGCAAAAUGUGGAGGGUGGAGGCUACUAUUCGCCUGGUACAGCGAUUGGUGAGAAUCCUUAUGGAGGUUUGACAGGUUCAGAAGCAUCCUUUAGACCGAUAUAUGGUGAAGUGUCAACUGAUCAAGAUAGUUAUGGCCUUGAGGCUGAUCCACAGAGAACGGUAGCACUUCCAUCGGUAGCUGUUGAACCUAAUUUCGGAUAUGGUCCUCAAAAAUGGUGGCCACCAAAUUCAGGUCCACCUUUAAAAAAUAGCAAUGAAAUCGAAUCAUCAAAAAUACAGUCCUCUAUUGUUCGAGGUACUAUGCUCAUGGAACAGGAAGAUGUUCGAAAUGAAGAAAAAGAUUCCAACCGCAUAGCUUUUCCUAAAACAGAGGAAGAAAAACAUUCAGUUGAAGAACAUAUUGUCAUUAUUAACGAAGCUGAUGGUACGGUUCAAGAACUUCCACCUUCAACAACAAUAAUGCCUUCGAAAACUAAGUCAGAUACUGUUUCAACAGUAGACGAUCAUCUUCCUCAACUUUCCGAAAAUCUUACACCACCCGCCGAAAGACCAAUGCCACCUUCACCUUAUUAUUUCCAUCAUCAGCAUGGUGGAACUGCAAGACCCGAUUAUCCAAGACCUCCUCAAAGGCUUCCUUUACCUCCUGCACGUGGAAAACCAUUUCCUCCUCCUCCCCUUCCACCUCCUAUACCUGAUUCCUUAGCGAUCCGAAGACGACCAUAUCCUUCUGACACAAAAUUACCGAACAUAUUGCCACAGUUUAGGCCAAACGCAAAAGUCUCGCAUGGUCAUCGUAAUCCAGAGAAUAUAGGUACAAUACCAGCGCCGCAAGCAUAUCCUAAUAGGGUUAGACAACCGUCUCACGUCCAUCCACCAUCGAGAAGACCCUUACCACCUGCCCCGUCAUAUCUUCAAAGAUUGAAUCCGCCCCCACCACCGAUCCAUGCCAUCAGACUCGCUGGAUCAUCUUCUACAAUAGUAGAAAACAUUGCUUCUGUUCAGGAAAGUGAACCAACGGUAAAGAGAUUUCGUCACCCAGCAGCGGUACAAUCAACUUCCAGAGGAGAGAGCGACGAGAAUACAAAUCAGCCGAAUCGGUUGCCAGGUCAAAAGCAGAAAUUGCGGUUGGAGGAUGAAGAGACGUCCGAGCGUUAUUCGGAGGAACCACCUCAAAUGCCACCAAGGCCACCUUUGUUUCCACGGCGUAGAACGGCAGAUCCACCACGGGUAACCACUUUGCAAAUGAUCCAACAACGAGGAGAGCUCGAAGAAGAGGAAGAGGCAACGGGUUUGGCAUCUUCCAAUAAUAAUGAUCCAGAUCAGGAGACUAAAAACACGAUGGUUCAAGAAAUGGAACGUAGAAAAGACAUUCGUGAUUCAGUAGCUGAGGCACCGGUUUACGUAGUAUAUCCUGUGAACACUGCGGUUAACAUAGAUCCUGACGAUUCUGGAGAAGACGAAAGUGUCGUAGUAGGAACUAGAGGACCACAUCGUCCUCUUCCACCAGAGACUCUUCUUCGAGAUGACAAGGUUAGAGAGAAAAUCAACGAAGAGGAGUCGACGAUGAUUGAUCUUUACAACGGUCGUCCAGUCAGAGAUUUUUCUUAUUCUCUUGAUAGAGUAGAUCCUUCCAUAUACGCUGGACCCGUGAGAGAGACUCCUAUACUUGUUCCGAGCGAUCAACGUCAUGAAAGUCGUCCGUUGAACGAAAAGGACGAGGAAAAAGAAGAUGGUGAUCACGUAAACGUUAUACCUUAUCUUCAAGAUUUCGUACCUUUUUCGAAAAGAAAAAACGAUGGCGUUAUUUCAGCAACUCUUCAUCGUAUGCCAAACAACAAUCAUCCCUCGUCUACGCCAAUAGCUUAUGUCUACACGCCUACGGCUGAAGCAUCUCAUCAUUUGGACGUCGACGUUAAAGAUGAUGGCUCAAAAAUGAAUAAAAACGAUCAACGACCGAUUCUUUUGCCCUCUCAACAACCUUCAAGUUCUUCGAGUUCUGCACCAUCCCCUCAGAAUUUCAUGGCACCAUUUGUGGCCAGUCUGAGAGCCGAAGCUCCAGCUAAAAAUGGUUGGAAUGUUGUUGUUAUUGAAUCUAACGAUAAGGCAACAUCCGAUGAUAAGACCGAUGAUGUCCAUAUCGACGAUGAAUCGACGAAGAAAAGCGAAUUCGAUCCGGAGAAUUUCAAGCCACAACUUUUCGGUGGCUUUAAACCCAUUUUCGAAUUUCCUAUGGAUGACAAUGAGGGAACGGAAGGACGCGAAAGCAGUAAGGGUAAUUCCUCGAUACCGAAGAACGUACAGCAGGAGGCUGUUGAUUCUGCUGCUUGAUGAAAAAUCGGAAUUAUAGGGAAUUUAUAAGUAUCACGAAAUAUAAAUCGUUCAUUUGGAAUGUUUCUUUUAUUUCUUUUGGCGUUUCUUAUCUUAGAUUAUAUCGAUUAUUUAUCCCAAAUAGAAAAAAUAAUAGGGAAAAAGUAUAACAAACAUCUUUUGUUAUAAAUUAGAAUUAUUUAAUACGCGUACUGAAUUUUCUAAAUAUUCGACGCAGAGUUUAAUUUAAGAUUAGAUAUAUCGAAGAAACGCAGAAGGAAAUUAUUUUCAAAGGAGAGAAGCAUUUCAAAAUCUCGAGUUGGGAUGGUUGGAAUUUAUCAGUUAAUCAUUACGGGGAAAAAUACAAAAUAGCAACGCGCGAAUAGAAUGCUUUAGUUCUUCGAUGAUAUCAAUUUUAUCAGGAUCAUUUUUAAGGAUUUUCAGAAUCAUUCUCAGGAUCUUCUUUUAUUAAGUAUAUGAGAACUAUAUAAACAACGAUCGGUAUGUUUCAUUUUAUUUAUAAAAUGCUAUACAAUCUUCACAAGAUAUUUCUCAUCGUGUAUUAAGGACGUAUAUGAAACUAAAUCGGAACAUGUUCCAUGAUAAUAAUAUUAAUUACAUGUAUUUAUUUAAUUAUUAUAAUUUAUAUAUUAAAAAUAUUUAUGUAUACUUGUAGAUCACAAGUAUCACGUUGACUGAAGAGUGUAGGAUAUUUAUGUAGUAGUAUAUAUUAUAUUUAUCAAAUUUUCUUUCAUAUUAAUAAUGUAAUUGUAAAAUACAUCGAUGUUUUUCAAUAGCAGCCAUAGAUAUAACAUAUCACGAAUAAAAUCCUAAACAAUUUUAUUCUUUAUCCUCUUUUUAUUCAAACGCUCUUGUAAAUGAAAUGCUCUAAUACAUUUAGUACAAAAAGUAAUCUUUACAAUUAUA